CUGGCUUUGACUUUGACAAAAAUGACUUAUUUUUCAAAAUGAGAAAAUGGCUUUUGACUAGUUAAGUGCCUGGAUUUUUAUUGACUAAUUUUGUUUAAUUCUAGAUCUAGACAUCGAUCUAUAAUAAUCUAAUUUAACCUUAUUCAAUAAGUCAAGAAAAUGGAAGUAAGCGGCUCAUUCCUAACUGGUGAUGUCCAUUCAAGGAUGUCUCAGAUUGCAAUGGCUGGAAAUCGACCAGAGGAUUGGAAAGAGUAUAUAGACCAGCUAAAGUCAAAAGCUGAUCAUGUUGAUGAAACGCUGCAUACUCGUACAAUUGAUAAAUUAUACAAAGUAGCCUUUAAGGUUAUUCCUCAGAGUAAUAAUUCUGUUGUUCAUGCACAACUUAUCCUUGACUAUGCUGAAUUUAGAAGUUCCAAUGCCAAACAAGACAGUUUAGGUGAAGCUGAGAAAAUCCUUAGCUAUGCACACAGAAAGAUGCAUCAGUUUGCUAUUGUCCAUGUUGCAUACGCUGAAUUAGAGCUGAAGAAAGGAAACAAAGACAAAGCCUUACAUAUUCUUCAAAAAGCUAUUUCAUCCAAUGCCCAACCGUUAGCUGUGAUAUUCAAAGCACAGGAAAGAUUUGCAGAGGGAAGAACAAAACUAUUGAGCAGUGAUGAAAGAGAUGAAUUCUGCAGUAGUUAUAGUCCUCAUAGCAGUCAAGAUUCAUCAGAUGAAUGGAACAAUUCAAUCUUUCAAAAAUCAUUCAAUCCUAACAAAGAAAACUCUCAAAACAUGUUUGAUCAAGAAAACAUAGCACCUUUUAAAUUACACCAGGAGUUAACCGCUGCGAAAGAACCAUUAGAAAGUCACAGUGAAAGAAACCCUAUGUCACUGACCUCAUUCAAUACAUUGCCAGAAACCCCCAAACCUAACUCCACACUGAAUGAUAACAUACCAGGAAGUCACCAAAAAAAAUUAGGUCACUUUCACAGCACUCCUAAUUUGAUGCCUACUCUGUACACAUCCUUUAAACAAUCGGAGAGAAAAGGUUUUUUAAGCAUUGGAUCAACAAAUCUGGGACCACCAAGGCGGAUCAAAGUCAAUCCUAAUGUGAAGAAAUGGAGUGAGGAAAGCCCUAACAACAAUUCUGAAUCUCCAACUGGAUCAGUCUUUUCAAACACAUCAGGAAAAAGUAAUGAUCCAUCCCCUGAGCGAACAGACACUAAUAGUAAUGCUGAAACACCUGAAAUGUUGUCAACUGAAUCUAAGAGUUACACUAGAGUUCUCUCCCACUUCAGUAGCCACCCCAUUCUUCCACUUCCUAAAGUAUUCACUAACCAGGAAAGUGAGCUCCCGAUGCACAAUCCAGCUGGUAAAGCAAAUGUAAUCAACUUUCCCAACUGGGGUUUAAACUCUGGAGAAUCAGAGCCUAUGAUUCCUGAGAUGGAUAAAAAGAGCGAAAGUAGGUUAGGAAACAAAGAUGGUGAACUGCCAUCUUUAAAAAGAUCACUAACGUCAUCAGAAGAUGACCCAUCUAGUGUCAGCACAACCUGCAGUGCGUCAAGUGUUGAUACAAUAAAAGAGAAGCUUUAUGUACGACCAGAGAACUUGGAGUUGAAUAGUUGUACUGAAAAGAAUAAAAAGGAAUCUCCUUUAAAAAGUUCUACCUACAAGAUUCAGGAUUCAUCAGCACCCAGCAACCAUGUUACAGCAGCACCCAACAACCUUGUUACAGCAGCACCUGUUAUUUCAUCUACAAACACAAUUGCAUCAGCUAGCUCAAAGCAUCCGAAGGUAAAAUAUGUCAAUGGUGUGGCGUACACUGUGCUGCGUCAGAUUGGCAGAGGUGGCUCAGCCAAGGUCUACAAAAUCUUUGAUCCUGUGUCGAAUGACAUCCGGGCUCUCAAGAUUGUUGAUCUUCUGUAUGCAAGUGACAUGAUUAGAGAAGGCUAUUUAAAUGAGAUUAGGUUCUUGAAGAAACUGCAACAUUGUGAGCCCGUGAUCAAGCUCUAUGAUUCAGAAUAUAAUGAAAAAGAAAAGAAACUAUAUGCUGUGCUGGAGUAUGGGGAAACUGACCUAGAUAAAAUGAUUGGACAAACUAAAGACAAAAAACUUGAUGCUUUCACUAUUGGUUACUUUUGGAAACAGAUAGUGGAGGCUGUACAUGCCAUGCAUCAGGAAGGUGUUAUUCAUUCUGAUCUGAAGCCUGCCAAUUUCCUUUUAAUAUCUGGCAAAGUGAAACUUAUUGACUUUGGUAUAGCCAAUGCAAUACAAAAUGACUGCACCAGUAUCAUUAAAGAGGAGAAGGUUGGCACCCCUAGCUACAUGAGUCCAGAAUCACUGAUGGAAAUCAAUGGAAUAGCCCAACCAAAAUUUAAGAUUGGCAGAAAAAGUGAUGUUUGGUCAUUGGGAUGCAUACUGUACCAGAUGGUCUAUGGACACACUCCAUUUCAGUACUUGACUAUGAGGGAAAAAUUGGCAGCUAUUGUGAAUACAAAUUACUCUAUAUCUUUCCCAGACACUGGAUCUCCAGCUCUCACAGAUAUUUUAAAGAAAUGUCUAACUAGAGAUGUUUCUCUGCGGCCAACAACAGAUGAAAUACUCAAUCAUCCUUACCUCACCAGUGACCACCAAGUGGGUUGUAGUAACCAGACAAAUACAGAUCCUGUGGAUCCUACUCUAAGAUUAUUGAAAGAGAAACUAUCAGGAUUCUCACCAAGUAGAAAGGAAUUAUCCUUAAAGAAAAUUCUGGAGUUUGUUGAUGGCAAGAACAGUUAAAUCUAAAACUGGUACUUUUGAAUAAUGUAUGAUGAAUGCAGGAGUAGUAUGUGUACUAUACAGUUCCUACUUUAUCUUGAUUGAACAGAAGAAAUGUGGCAAAACAGUUUUAGACAAUGCAAGAUGUUUUUUUUUCUUUAUUGUUUUCUGUGAAAAGUUUUCAAUGAAUUGAGUGAAAAUGUGUUUGUCAUGAUAACAUUACUAAUAAGCAAGGAAAGGAUUCUUUGAUGAAGUCUUGUUGUGAUUUGAAGUUCAUGUCAUACUAACACUAAGACAUCUGCAUAUAAAUCUUCUGUUUGAUUUAUUUUAUGGUCAGCACUUGAUUGUCCAUCAGUGAACCCUACUUUCUGGGUCUUGUAUAGACUAUUGAGGUCAAAUAUUAGCUAAAACAAUGAAAGAUUUAACAACUGCAGUGGUGUUGCUAGUGAUUUGGGAGCCAAGGGGGCUUGACCUCUUUAGGGGCCCCUGCUUUUUGACAUUCUAAAUCAUGACAUGAGAUAAUGGCGUAAUAUUUAAUGUGAAACAAAUUUCGGACACUCAUUUGGGGACCCCUUUCAAGUAAGGGCCAGAGGGUGUUAGACCUCACCCUAACUACGCCACUGAACAACUAUCUUUUUUACUGUUUGUAUUUCUACAUUUCAUUCUUAUUAACAUCUACAUUGAGCUCCAAUCAAUUUAUAUACAUAAUAAAGUAAUCACUUUAUGGUUAUUUCUUUUUUUCUCUUUUAUUGUGCCUUAUCCAUUACAUAAAUGUUAUUGAGAUUACCAAUUUGGGCUCAAGUGACAAAAAAUGUUUGGGCAUUUUGAGUUGUUUUUACUGAGUAACUAAUAGUAGCUCAGAAUGCUUUGAUACCAUGCCCUAAAGAAAAAAAAAGAGUUCACUAUCUAUGCCCUUGAGAAAAAGAGUUCACUGAUAGCUAUGCCCCACAUGUCCACAAAUAAGAUUGUACAAGUGUGGCUUUGAGCAUGGAGAGACACUUAACUACUUCUACUACUACAAUCUGAUACGCUUGUACAUCCUUUUUUUUUUUUUCUGUGAAUAUGGAGUUUUUUUUAAUGUGCCUUCAUAAAUCUAAAUUUUUUAUUUAAGUGUAUAUUUUUUUGAAGGAAUAUGUGCUCCAUAAUUAAUAUUAAUCAUGUGUAAAAAAUGUUUCUGGUCUGUUUGCAAUAAAAUUUGGCAUUCUA